AUGGCGGAGAAGCAGGCUCGGGAUGAGUUGGGCCCCAACCCGUCCGUGCUGUUCCUGCACCCAGACCUCGGCGUAGGCGGCGCGGAGCGGCUGGUGCUGGAUGCGGCGCUGGCGCUGCAGGCGCGUGGCUGUAGCGUGAAGAUCUGGACCGCACACUACGACCCGGGCCACUGCUUCGCGGAAAGCCGCGAACUGCCCAUCCGCUGCGCGGGGGACUGGCUGCCGCGCAGCCUGGGUUGGGGCGGCCGCGGCGCCGCGGUGUGUGCCUACGUGCGCAUGAUUUUCCUGGCUCUCUACGUGCUGUUCCUCGGGGACGAGGAGUUCGACGUGGUCGUGUGCGACCAGGUGUCUGCCUGUAUCCCAGUGUUCAAGCUGGCCAGACGGCGUAAGAAGAUCUUGUUUUAUUGUCACUUCCCAGAUCUGCUUCUUACCAAGAGGGAUUCUUUUCUUAAACGUCUGUACAGGGCCCCUAUUGACUGGGUAGAAGAAUACACCACAGGCAUGGCUGACUGCAUCUUGGUCAACAGCCAGUUCACAGCUGCCAUAUUUAAGAAAACAUUUACAUCCCUGUCUCAUGUAGACCCCGGAAUCCUCUACCCAUCUCUGAAUGUUACCAGCUUUGACUCAGCUAUCCCUGAAAAGCUUGAUGAUCUAGUCCCAAAGGGGAAAAAAUUCCUGUUCCUCUCCAUCAACAGAUAUGAAAGGAAGAAAAAUCUGACUUUGGCUCUAGAAGCCCUAGUAAAGCUGCGUGGAAGAUUGACAUCCCAAGACUGGGACAAGGUCCAUCUGAUCAUGGCUGGUGGUUAUGACGAGAGAGUCCUGGAGAACGUGGAACACUACCAGGAAUUAAAGAAAAUGGUCCAGCAGUUUGACCUUGACCAGUCUGUGACCUUCCUGCGCUCUUUCUCAGACAAACAGAAAAUCUCACUCCUCCAUGGCUGCACAUGUGUGAUUUACACACCAAGCAAUGAACACUUUGGCAUUGUCCCUUUGGAGGCCAUGUACAUGCAGUGCCCGGUCAUUGCUGUUAACUCAGGAGGGCCCUUGGAGUCCAUUGUCCACAGUGUCACAGGGUUUCUGUGUGAGCCUGACCCAGUGCACUUCUCAGAAGCAAUUGAAAAGUUCAUCCAUGAACCUUCCUUAAAAGCCACAAUGGGACUGGCUGGCAGAGCCAGGGUGAAGGAAAAGUUUUCCUCUGAAGCAUUUACAGAACAGCUCUACCAGCAUGUCACCAAACUGCUGGUAUAAUCAGAUUCUUUUAAGGUCUUUAUGCUACAUUCAUUAAUAUCAUUUUAUAGAUUGUAGACCCAGUUUAAAACCAUAAAAGAAACCUAGAAUCUAGUGCUGAAGAGUUAAAAAAAAAAAAAAUUACACUUGAAUCUUGAAUCUGAGCCACCUUCCUAUAUACCAUACCGUCCUUAAUACUUUUUCAGAAAAACAAUCUUUUAUGCUAUAAUAAGUCUGAGUCUUAUCAGUAUUGAUUAAGAUACAAUGUAAUUCCACUUGUUAAUUAUAUUUUCUCUAGAGUAUUACUGCUCUGCCUAUAAAUUGUGAGUCAUAUUGUGUCUUAAUUGGUUUUGAUAGUUUGUGUAUCAUUGUCAAAGUUGAAGAAUUUGGCUUCAUAACAUAAUGAGAACAUGGUCACUCUGGUUCCCACUAUCAGUGCACCUAAGUGGUCCCUGUCCUUUGGGAAGUUAUAGUUAGUCAUACCUUUGUCCGGAUCCAUAGCAAGAAUGCUCUGUAUGUUUCUUACAAAGAUGAUUUUAUUGUAUUUUUUCACACUGAAACAAGUCAAUAGAAGAUGUUUACCAUAGGAAAAGACAAUAAAAUUAAAUUUUGGCUUUUGUGAUCUAUACGUAGAUAUGACUGUCAAGCCUGAAGUCAGAAACCAAGAGUAAAUUGGAUGUUGAAGCGAAGAAGGAAUGUUGUCACACAUGUAGUGUUAUAUUGCUUAGAUCUUAUUUCUUUUUUUUUAUCCUCACCCGAGGACAUUUUUGCAUUUAUCUUCAGAUAGAGUGGGAGGGAGAGAUAGAGAAA